UAACUGUCCUUAUUGAAGCCCCCAGCAGGGCUGCAGCCAGAACUGAGGCGCUAGCAGGCAUGUAAAGCUGGUCAUGCAUCUACGCUGCUUGAUACAUUUCGAGCCCAGUAACAGAAGAGCCUUCCUGAGAUUGCUGUCACCAUACUUGCGUGUCACCUUCACAAGGUUGGCCAGUGUGGCUGAGGCUCCAGAGAGCUCAGGGACUUCUUUCGGGACUCACAGAAACCUACACCCUGGUGAUGGCACACAGGGACUGUUUUCUUGUUCUUAGUCUAAAUGACUGCCAAGAAGGAAGGCAAAGGUAGAACAGUCGGAUCUCGGGCUCUCCCCAGAGCUUCUAAUCUCAGACCUUAUUAAACUCGUUUCUGAGCCCAAGGACGAAGCUCACUUGCACAAAUGAUUUUGAGUCAUGAAUGAAAACUCUUGCUCUUUCCAUAAUGAGAAAGAAUUAAGAGAUGGACAGGUUGAAAGUGUGUCUGCUGGGUACCCUCCACCAUGUGACAAGGACAACAGUGCUCUUCUGGCUUUCAGGGGAAUUCCUAUCUCAGAGUUGAAGAACCACGGCAUCCUCCAGGCCCUGACGGCAGAAGCGAAUGGCUGGGAGCCGGCUGUUAUGAAUACAGAGGUGCUCCGAGCCCAAGAAGAAUGGGAAGCUGUGGACAGUAUCCAGCCAGAGACAGGGAGCCGGGCCAGCUCAGACCAGCCUGGGCAGCUAAUCUCUUUCAGUGAGGCCCUCCAGCAUUUCCAGACCGUGGACCUCUCUUCCUUCAAGAAAAGAAUCCAGCCAACGAUCCGAAGGACCGGGCUUGCUGCCCUCCGGCACUGCCUCUUCGGGCCUCCAAAGCUCCACCAGGGCCUCCGUGAAGAAAGGGACUUGGUCCUGACCAUCGCUCAGUGUGGCCUGGAUAGCCAAGACCCAAUGCAUGGCCGAGUCCUCCAGACCAUCUAUAAGAAGCUGACCGGCUCCAAGUUUGACUGUGCCCUCCACGGAGACCACUGGGAAGAUCUGGGCUUUCAGGGAACAAAUCCAGCCACAGACUUGAGAGGAGCAGGCUUCCUUGCCCUCCUGCAUCUCCUGUACCUGGUGAUGGACUCAAAGACCUUGCUGAUGGCCCAGGAGAUUUUCCGCCUGUCUCGUCACCAUGUCCAGCAAUUCCCCUUCUGUUUGAUGUCCGUGAACAUCACCCGCAUCGCCAUCCAGGCCUUAAGGGAGGAAUGUCUCUCCAGGGAGUGUAACCGGCAGCAGAAGGUGAUCCCGGUGGUGAACAGCUUCUACGCCGCCACUUUCCUCCGCCUUGCGCACGUCUGGAGGACGCAGCACAAGACCAUCUCUGACGCGUGCUUUGUCCUCAGAGACUUGGAGGUGUUGGCCAAGAAGAGCCCCAGACGGCUGCUCAAGACCUUGGAGAUCUACUUGGCUGGAGUGUCAAAGGGACAGGCCUCCCUGUUGGGGGCGCGGAAGUGUGCUGGGCCACAAGCCCCUCCCUCCAAGGAUCUCACUUUCACAGGAGUGUGUGACCUGCCACCACACUCCUCUGAAGGCACAUGGCUGAUCUGACCAACCCCAGUGAGCGUCGCCGGAUCAAAAGCCUUGAAGGGGCUUUGUACCCUGGCACCGUUCUGCCCCUUGCGGCCCUAGCAGAAGGGAUGUAGGAAGCCUGUUGGGGGAGCCAAGGACCCUCACCUGCAUGAGACAUGAGGGGCUGUUAAAUUUGACCCACUCCCCGCAGACCUUCCUACAGAGCAAGGAAAACUUUGCCAUAAUCUUAGUUGGGCUACAGCUUCCAGAGUUGGGUCCUAGGUAAUUUCAGUGACAGAUCAUGAGGUGGGAGACCCCAUCUGGAUGUUCCACACAGCCCUACAUCAAAGAUGUUCCCAAGGAGAGGUGCCGGAAUUCUGACUCCCUGGCAGCGGGGCUUUCAGGCCUCAGGGGUCCACGGGACAGGGACCAGACAUGGGCUGAGUAGUUAGAAUGUGAAGGGAGAUGGCAGCGGUGGCAGCAGCUGACAGGGGGCAGCAUGAACCAGAGAGUGGGCAUGGGCCUGCCUUCCUCGCCAUCCUCUGGGGUCUCUGGCCUUGCACUUAUCCCGCCCUCACCUCUCCCCAUCCCUCCUCCCCACUGCUUGUGACACAGAGCCAGGCGCUGUGCUAGGUGUCUGCUGCCACCCAUCCUAACCGCCCACCAGCUGGGCUACCCCCUUGGAGGCUGUGCAGGUCCCAUCAGGGAUGGUUCUCUGGUCUGGGCGAGGGAAGGAGGAAAUUCACGUACCAGCAGUUUUUAAAUAAAAGAAUUCUUCUGGGUUAA